UUCUAGAAAGCUCUCCUUCCCCCGACCCGCAUCAGCAACGCUUGUGUGUGUGGAGAAUUGUUGAUUGACGACAGUUGUGGCAAUUGAAAAGCUUCCCUCCCCUCUCUUCUCCAAACACAAAUUCGAAGUUUACGAAUAACCUCACUACCGUCAACUACCUAUCCUCGACCUUUCGAACUGCACAUAGCCAGCCAGCCGGUUUAGCUACCAUAAGUCCAGACAAAAUGGCCACCUCCCUCCGCUCGAUCAAGUCCCUCGUCCCCCUCCUCGACCGCGUCCUCGUGCAGCGCGUCAAGGCCGAGGCCAAGACUGCCGGGGGCAUCUUUCUUCCUGAGACGGCCGUCAAGGAGCUCAACGAGGCCAAGGUUUUGGCUGUUGGGCCGGGCGGGCUCGACAAGGAUGGGAAGAGGGUGCCUAUGGGGUGUGCGGCUGGAGAUAGGGUUUUGAUCCCUCAGUAUGGCGGUUCUCCUGUCAAGGUUGGGGAUGAGGAGUAUCACCUUUUCAGGGAUAGCGAGAUUUUGGCAAAGAUUAAUGAGCAGAAUAAUGCUUAAGGCGCCACGGGGAGG